AGCGACUCUUGAGAACUGUCCUGCAUCUGGUUGACAGGAGAGCGUGCCGUCGAUUUCAAGAACUUUUGACAUGUGGGCAUUACAUUUAAUGGUGGUUGUCGCUGGCGUCUUCAUCAAUAAUGGUACGUCUUUAGUUUUUUUCAUGAGUGUUAUGGUUCCUUAAGGUUUUCGAUUAGUUUCUAUUACUUUCAUAUUGCAUUGGCUCAGUAAUGAUUGGAUAAGAUUCGGCUUUUUGAGGCAACUGUGAGUUUACAUUCUCAUAUCAAAAAGUCAAAUGUUAUCGCAGCAAUUACUGCAGUACCAGAAUACUUUUUAUAUACAUUUGCUGGGCUUCGUGACCCAGUAUGUUUGGCAUUGGUCACAGACCACAGCAAUAAAACAGUAUGUAGCAUAGUCAUUUGCUUCGCUCUUGUAGAUAACUGAUUAUAAUGCAAAUCGUUCGGAAUAUACCGCAACAGGAAAGACUCUAGCGACUUAAACCUGAUCUUAUUUCUGAUAGCAGCUCCCGUCCAAAUCAUGCUAAGUUAUUAGUUCAGCCUAAGGCCUAUAAUAUAUGUUUUGUAAACUCUCAACUCAAUUUGAUAAACUGGACUACGUACCAGGAGGGUGCUAUUAAAGUUGUCAAAGUUGUCAUUGUGUGAUUUGUUUUGACGAGUAUUUUAUAUUAUUCUACCGAAUUGCUUCAUUCUGCCUAGAAUAGAAGCAGUUGCUAUCCAUAGCUUCGUAGCUUUAAAGUUACAAUAUAUAGCUAUAGAUAUAGAGACAAUUAUUACACCAACAUAAAUUCGAUCAACAUUGAUCAAAGAGUAUGUGAAAAUACAAACAAAUUUAAAAUAUAUGCACGAUCGGUCUAUCAAACAAAGCUCUGAGUUUGAUCAAAGAUUUAGUUCACGUAUAUAUAUUAAAGAUCAAAGGUUCGUAAGGCUGGUUUGCAAUUGCACCGGCUAUCAAAGUUCCUGUGAUCACAGUAGGAAUAGUUUGCAUAUGUAAAUCCAACGUUUUGAAGGAUUUGUUUUGAAAGAAAAUUCGUGAGAGCUGACUCUGUGUUUAAGACUUGCAUGUAUUAGUUCCAUCAAAGAUUUCUUACAAAUCCAUUAAAUCGUGGAAUUUACCAAUGCAAAAUUUCUUGUGUAAUCACAGAAACUUUGAUAAUGUAAACUAGCCUAUAAAAUAGCUUGCAGCCAAGGUUCACACAGAAAAAAACAAAUGCGAACCAGACCUACGAAAUAUAUAAAUAUGCUAUAACCAUGCUUGCUAUAUAACCCUGGUAUAAACCGAAAUAACCAUGCAUAUAUAUAUAUAUAUAUAUAUAGCUACGUUUAUAUCUGAAUUGCUUUUAUAGUACCGCAAAUCUUUUCCCACACUAUACAGCGUUUAUCAACAGCCAUAUUUUAUUCAAAUGCUAUAGCUCUGACAUUCACUCAUAUAAUUUGAAUUUCAUUAGAAUAUCAGAUCCCGAGUAUUAAAACGCGACUGCGAAUAAUCUAAAUGUAUACUUGGUUUUUGAUAAUUUCUCGUGAGUAAGGCUUUCUGUCCAAUGUUGACCAUCGCGAUGUGAACAUGCAGUAGGGCUAAGAGUCAUGCGCAGUAAAAUAUAUAGUCGGCGGCAAUCUCAUAUUAUUAGCAAGUGCACCGGUUUUGGACUGUAGGAUUAUGGCAUUAUGCUUAGUGCUGGAAUUUUUGUAUGGACAGUGCCAUGCUAGCUGGUGUAGCACAAAAAUGUUUCGUUUGCCACUCGUGUCGGAUUCGCCAAUAAGCGAGCAAGCGUUUUAGUCGUGAAAGCUAAAUCACAAACCGCGUUUAUGAUCAGAAAUUUAAAAAAAACGUAUAGGUAUAUACCGAAUAUCCUAGUUUUUAACAAAAACGUUUUAAAACCGGAAUUAAAUUAAGACUAUAUAGCUGAACGCGUUGUCUAUAUAUCAAUGAAAACCAGUAAAAAUCACGCCAAUCGCGAGUUUUUGGCGAAAUUUUUAUUGUUGAUGUAGCGAAUUGCUGGUGCGAUAGAUUUGUACUGAAAUAGCGAUAGAUUUGAAAACGAUUUCCUAGAUUUUCGUUAGUUCUAUAAACAAUUGACGAAAUUGAAACGCAGGCUAUAUUAUAUACUCAAUUCUUUUUCAUCCGGCCAGUUCCAAAACAGUUUGGCGACUGAUGACUCAAAUAAAUCUGUCCAUUUGGUACUGUCAAAAUUUAGCAAUUAUAGUUACUAGUUAAUUAAGAUGAACUUUUACGUAGCUAAUUUUAAGUCUCUAGAUAUUAAUUUUCAAAAUUACAAUUGUCAAUUUAUCAUGAAAUAUUUCCAGUUGGCAAAAGUAUAUAGCUAUCAUGAUGUGGCUGUCUUUUUACCAGCGAGUAAUUUCUGUUUUCCGUUAAAAAUAUCAGACAAGUGAAGCUGUGCACUUGUAUUGAACUGAAUUUUAUAAUUAAUAAAUACAAAACUCAAAAGUAAAAAUGUAUUGUCGUGCCAACGUGCGUGCAUGCACAAUUCGUUUUAUAUAUGCAACCAAAAACUCGGAAGGGAUAUAACUCAGUGAUGAAACAAAAAGGCAAUGCAUUGACUUGUUUUUUGCAUUCGAAUGAUUUAUGGCAUGUCGCGCGCGAUCGUGUUGGUUGAAAAAUACGACUAAAUAUAGACAUGAAAGCUAUAUCAUUUGGUCAUGAAAUCGGCACUGUAUAUCAAACAACAUAAUUAGAUUUUUAUCGUUCGUUUUACAGUCAAGAACUGGCAGAACUAAACCGAUUUCCGGAUAGAACAUUUGUGAACUCUUACUGUUUCAUUCUGCGCACAUAAACUUGCUGACAAUUUUGAGCUGGCAUUUAAGAAGUAUUUACAUAUACUGAUGUCUAAUGUAGUAAUGAUCAAUUUUUUCAUUUUUCUAGGUUUUGCUCAGAUUUUCGAAGGCAGCUCGGAAGGGAAUGGGGAUGUCGUGGGAGGUAAGAAACUAUUUUAGCAUACAAAAAAUUAUUUGGAACGGUUUCUGUUUAUUUUUGUUUGCUCCGCAUGAGGUUUCACUUGUUUUGGGCAACAUGGCAACGGCCAGCGGCACCCUAAGAUCAUGGCAUUGUGGUUGUCUGAGGUUGACGGAUGUAUAUAAAGAAAACCGUUCGUCAUGCUAUAUAUGUAAUGCCAAAACAGUUUUAAGUAACCUACAUUUCAGAUAGAUUUUCCAAAUAUUGUAGCUAUAUCUCUUUUUAAUAAGCUAUAAUGAUAAAGACAAUCAAAAGUUCGACUAAAGACAUUAAUAAUUAAACACGUUUUGUAAAGCAAAAGUCCCAAACCCUAUAUUUAGACUGCUAUAUAUAAUUAUAUAGUUUUAUGCUAUAUUCGAGAAACUUCGAAAAACUGGUAAGCUAAAUUUGAGGUUUCUUUGCUAUCGAAUGUCGUUAUUGUAAAUUAAAUACUAGAAACAUUACUUUUUGCUUUGUUACUCUCUGGAAACGUGCAUGGAAUUAAUUUUUUUCUGUUUUUCUAAGAGAAUUGUAUUUUCGAAUUUGAUCGAAAGCAUGCAAUCGGACUACAAAACUGUGUGAAAUCGCCAAUUCUGAAAUCUUUUAGGCUUAAAAGCGUAAUGCAUGUCCACGAACUAAGUUAACUGUUGAUAGAUGACAGUCAUUAAGAUUUUUUCGCUUAAGAUAAUUACGUACAUAAAAAAACCGUUUUCUUUUUAACAACAUUCAUUGCAUUUUGAGAUACAAAAGGCGCGGUCGUUAAAUUAAAUAUAUUCAGGUCGUUUCAGAUUAAAGACUAAAGUGUGGAAUGUGUCUACGUAAACAUGCUAUUUUAAGCACAAAACGAAAGCUAGUAGGAGGCGGUAGUCAGAAGUGAAGAAUGCGAAGUUCUUUUAUGCUGUAAAGUCCGGGGUGGGGUCGUGAGCGUGCAAGAUUGAAAACGACCUAAAAAGAGUCGAAUUGUGACCCACAGAACGACACUUUUGGGAGGUAGUUUUGGCCUUUUCAAUUUAGAAAUCGGGGAUAAAAAUCUAUGUGUGCGAAAUCUUUAACGCGAAAACUCAAAAGUACAUUAUGCUGUAUCUAUAUUACUGCAUGGCAGAGCCGCGAGAGCGACCGCCUUCUGUCCCUGUGAUAACUUGUUCGCGAUUCCAGAUGCCGACACAACAUAUCACAUUUGCAUGGAAGGAGCACAUUAAUACUUUUAUGGUCAAGAUAGAAUCAUGAUUCCAUUAUACAUCGUUGCCAGUAUGUAGCAGUGCACGCAAUUGACAAGGACGAAAUCGAAAUAAUUGAAUGACAAAAAUAUCCUUCCUUGCAUCGAUCCUUCCGUUUGAAACAUAAAAUAACAAAACAUAAUUCAACUUUUAAGACGGUUUUCAGUCAAAUUUAUAUGUAGUUUAGAAAUUGAAGAUAUUGCUGUUAGUGAAAAUACGAAAUUUAAACCGAUUGGAUUCACUCUUAUAGUAUAAAAAACUACUAUAUUUCAACCCACUGUCGCAACACUUCGGCACUAAAAAAUUUAAUUAUACGCGUAUAGGUUGUGAUAUGCUUUUUUAGGUAUACGUAAUAUUUAUGUAUUGUCACUGGGCGGUACAUUGUGAUGCCUGUUAAUGUUACCACUAUUAGCUAGUAAUUUUAACAUUACCAAAUAAAGGAACAACUAUUAUUUUUUAAGUCGAGAUAAAGUGAUUGUAUAGGUACGUACUUACAGUGAAAAAUCAUACUAAGUUGGUUCUUUAGCUGGUUCUUAUUUCUAUUGCCAAAAGCAAUUAUGCCUGGUUUAGUGUUUAACUUGAUUUGUUUUCUCAAACUUGUCAAGGACCGUGCAGCAAUUUUAUGAUUAAGCCGUUCGUGUUGAAAUGAACCUUCAUAUAACUAAGGGGUGUGUGGAGGCACGCCAUUAGUGAAGAUUCUUGUCGAUUUUUUAUCGUAUUGUAAAAUAACAAUUACACAAAUACGCAACGGUCAAGUCGAGCGUUAAUCCGGUUUUCCACUCCGCCCGUAUCGUACCGAAACGUACUGGUGAGCAUGCGCAGAUUGAAAAGAGGUUUAUAAAUCCACGUGCUUCCGGGUGUAUUCGCGUAUCAAAAUAAAAAGUUCGUCACAAGUCAACUUUUUGGCGUACUGCGGAAGUACUAACCAAUCAACAUUCACGAAAUUUUGAAAUUUAAAAACGUUUUCGCUACGUUACGGUACGGGCGAAGUGGAUAACCGGCUUUACUUUGCUUUGAAAAUCACGUAGGCACGCUUAAAACUGCGACAAUAUAGAAGCCUAAAACACUUUUCAAAACUGAUAAUUUUGGUUCAGUCAAUGGCAAUGCUAGGUAAAAAAGGAGAAAUAAAUUCAAUUAUCCAAUGAUACUAUAUAGCCAGCUGAGCAUGCAACUACUGCAUUAUGUUUUUCUAUAUAUUUUUUUUUAUAUGUUUUAUCAGAACUAGUUUCGUUUGUCAGCCUGAAGUGCAUGGUUCUUGCAUUUUCGGUGCUUAAUUGCCUAAAUUUCAAGCUUAACCCACUGGUUCUUUUAUGCGGGUAUUUAUACUUGUAUUUUCUUUUUAUUACAGAGAGAUUUGUUGAGUUUUCUAAUGACCCCGUUUUAUCGGUCGAUGCACAGGAAUAUGGUGAAUGUACCCAGCGGGAGGUUCCUGGUUUGUCGUUUAACAUGAGAGGGAAAUCAUUUACUAAAAUGUUUGUGAGUAUAUAAUUUAUCAUUAUCCAUUACCUAUAUUGCACUCUUCCUACUUCCACAUACCCUUGCAUAUAUACUCCCACCUGCAUGUCCAUCUGUUUGUCAUCCUCUGUUUCUGCCAACACAUGCUUCAGUAACUGCAAUAGUUGUAAUUUUAUUUUUAAUGAAAUACAGUAUAUGUGGCGAAUUAAAUUAUUAAAACAACUAUUGAGACCAAGGUUUAGAUUUGACUUUCACUACCGCCACUGUUAUCAUUAACUAAUCAGAUAUAUUUAAUCUACCUGAUUAACCAAUCAGAUGCGAACUGAGCCAGCAAGGGGUUACAGUUUUGUGGAAGUCAAAUCUGAACUAAUUUUCUAGAUUUUGCCGCGAUGGUAACACAACGGUUAAAAAGAGUAUUGCAUUGUAGCCCCCGAAGGUGGCUGCACUUGGAUAACUUGUGCUAAUCAGAGACUAAAAAUAACAGUAUGGCGUGGGCACAAUUUUCAGUUAUAACGCUUUUCAUUGGCUGCACUUGGAUAACUUGUGCUAAUCAGAGACUAAAAAUAACAGUAUGGCGUGGGCACAAUUUUCAGUUAUAACGCUUUUCAUUGGCUAGUCCAUAAAUGUGACAAUCAUCAAACUUGACCACGCCAACAAUUUUCGGCAAAUUGAGGGAGCAUUUGCGCUGUCGUUGCAGAGCAUUAUACAAGAGCAAUUGGUCUUUUGCGGCGGAAUUAAACAAAUUUACCAGCACUCAUUGCAUUGCCGUCACCAGGAAAAUAUUGUCAGUGUGCGGACCGUGUAUCCAUAUCUUAAGCUAAUGAUUAAACCAGACACUGACGAAGUCGUAAUUUGAUUCUUAACAGAUUUGCCCAAACGGUUUAAUCAGUUUUACCGAUCCCAACAUGCAAAAUUGGCCAUUUACUCUUGGAACGUUGUCCACACAGAGAGAUUCCACCUUUAUUGCUCCCUAUUGGUCGAGGGUUAAUCUACCAGGUUUUACCUCAGGAGAUUCCAAAGUGCGCUACAACGGCUACCACAAAGAUUUCAACAACAACGCCAAUGUUUUUAACAAGGUCAAUCAGGACGUGAGGACAUUUAAGGGAGAUAACAGUUUUGAGGCAACCUGGGUCUCUGUUAUAACUUGGGAAAACGUUCAGCCGUUUGACACAGGCACAUUUGGCGGGGUAAGCUAGCAUAAUUUGCGUAUCAUAUAUAUUAGGAAAAUUUUAUACGUCUACUUUGACGACACUUUCUUUAUAUAACAUACUCUUACUAAGGGAUUAAAAAUGGAAGAACUUGUGUCAAUAUUGUUGGCAGAGUAAAUCGUAGGCCAUGUCCAGAAUUUCUUGCGGUUACUUUUGGAUAACAGUGCGAACAGGCAAAAAGUAGGAACUUAUCCAACUUUUUCGCGGCGAAUUUUUUCGCUCAUCAAUUACAUUGCGAAUACUUGUUUUUUGCUUCGCUUCAGUCGCGCGAACAAAUUCGCAUAGUGGAAAAUCGGCUUAAGACAUUCAUUGAUUACAGCGAAAUUGCCUCGUGUAACAUAGACUGUUGAAACCAGUGGAUGAAAUUAUCCUGACUCCAUAACUCUAUUUUCAUAUUACAAUGACCUCCCCCAAUUAAUUUGAUAUACCAGUCAUCACUCCUUGGUAUAGAACAAAACAAUAGACACUCCGAAAAUAGUUAACAUUUUAAUCGACGUUUCGACUAGGUUUCAGUCAUCAUUAGGUACUUCUUGGUAUCGUAUCCUAAUCUGGCAACAGUUUUAGUCAGUUUCGUUGUCUUGAGAGUGAUGCUCCGUAUUUACUGAGAGACACUGGGGUUCACCUUAUGCGCAGGAUAUACUAGUAUAACUGAAACUAUUUUUUUAUAUAUCGGCCUUAUAGAAAGACACAUUUCAAGCAGUAUUGGCAUCGGAUGAAACAAGUUGGUACCUUACGUAUAAUUAUGGGGAUAUGGACUGGGCAGUUAAAGCUCCAAGGUUUGUGCUGUAUAAUAUGGUGCGUCAUAUGUAACAGGGAGGAGUGUAAAAAAUGUUUAAUAUAUUAAUAUAUUUUUCUUAUAUCCUAAUGUUUUCACUAAAUUUUUCCCGUUUCAGAAGUGUUACUGCAUGUGAUCGGUUUUUUUUUAAAUUUCUGGAAAAAGAGUUUUAAACAAAUACCUUUGCACUUAUAGGGCGGAUUAUGCUCAGUAUGAAAAUCAAGCCGGAUUACCAGUCAUGGGUUGGAAUGCAGGAGAAGUUGGGUUUGAUUACUUGGUGAACGAACAGUACGUAAAUUUACCCAA